AUGAAGAGCGCCUUGAUUGCCGCCGCGGCGCUUGUUGGCUCCGCCCAAGCUGGCGUCCACAAGAUGAAGCUGCAAAAGGUCUCCCUCGAGGAGCAGCUGGCGGGCUCAACCAUCGAGUCCCAGGUCCAGCAGCUCGGCCAGAAGUACAUGGGCAUCCGCCCUACUAGCCGUGCCGAUGUCAUGUUCAAUGACAAGGUGCCCAAGGUCCAGGGCGGUCACCCAGUGCCCGUCACCAACUUCAUGAAUGCCCAAUACUUCUCCGAGAUUACCAUCGGUACCCCCCCUCAGACCUUCAAGGUGGUCCUUGACACUGGAAGCUCCAACCUUUGGGUUCCCUCCCAGUCGUGCAACAGCAUUGCCUGCUUCCUGCACUCCACGUACGAUUCGUCUUCCUCAAAGACGUACAAGCAGAAUGGAUCCGACUUUGAGAUCCACUAUGGAUCAGGCAGCUUGACUGGCUUCAUCUCCAAUGAUGUCGUCACCAUCGGUGACCUCAAGAUCGAGAAGCAGGACUUUGCCGAGGCUACCAGCGAGCCCGGCCUUGCCUUUGCUUUCGGCCGCUUCGAUGGCAUUCUCGGCCUUGGUUACGAUACCAUUUCCGUGAAUGGCAUUGUCCCUCCCUUCUACCAGAUGGUCAAGCAAAAGCUCAUUGACGAGCCCGUCUUUGCUUUCUACUUGGGAAGCAGCGACGAGGGUUCCGAGGCCGUCUUCGGUGGUGUCGAUGAAUCUCACUACGAGGGAAAGAUUGAGUACAUUCCUCUCCGCCGCAAGGCCUACUGGGAGGUGGACCUCGAUGCCAUUUCUUUCGGUGACCAGGAGGCUGAGCUUGAGAACACUGGUGCCAUCCUUGACACCGGUACUUCUCUCAACGUCCUCCCCUCUGACCUUGCCGAGCUUCUCAAUGCUCAGAUCGGUGCCAAGAAGGGCUACGGUGGCCAGUACACUGUCGACUGCUCCAAGCGCGACUCUCUUCCCGACAUCAGCUUCACCCUGGCCGGUUCCAAGUACAACCUCCCUGCCACCGACUACAUCAUCGAGAUGUCGGGCAACUGUAUUUCUUCCUUCCAGGGCAUGGAUUUCCCCGCGCCCGUUGGCCCUCUUGUUAUUCUCGGCGAUGCUUUCUUGCGCCGCUACUACUCUGUCUACGAUCUCGGCAAGAACGCCGUUGGUCUUGCCAAGGCCAAAUAA